AUGGAGUUGAGCUCGGAGCCUGUGCUGGCCCCGCUGGAGAUGUCGCAGACGGCAAGCCAGGGCGGCGAGGCCACUCCCGGCGACGGCGACUACGAGAGUUUACCGCCUCAUGUCUCGGUGACGACGCACAUGACAGCGGGCGCAGUGGCUGGCGUCCUGGAGCACACGGUCAUGUACCCCGUGGACUCCGUCAAGACGAGAAUGCAGAGCCUGCAGCCGGACCCCAAUGCCCGAUAUAGAGGUGUGUACGAAGCCCUGAGAAGGAUCAUCCGUACAGAGGGUUUCUUCCGACCGCUAAGGGGCCUCAACAUUACCAUAAUGGGCGCCGGUCCCGCCCAUGCACUCUACUUCGCCUGCUAUGAACGGGUCAAGCACUCACUCAGCGACGUCAUUAAAAGCGGAGGAAACAGCCACCUGGCUAACGGUGUUGCAGGCAGUGUGGCCACUGUACUCCACGAUGCUGUCAUGAACCCUGCUGAAGUGGUGAAGCAGAGGAUGCAAAUGUACAAUUCUCCCUAUCGUGGACUUUGGGACUGCGUUCGCAUGGUGACGCGCACGGAGGGCGCAGGCGCCUUCUACCGCAGCUACAGCACGCAGCUGACCAUGAACAUCCCCUUCCAGGCCGUUCACUUCAUCACCUACGAGACCAUGCAAGAGUGGCUCAAUCCCCACAGACACUACCACCCCGGCACGCACAUCGUGUCCGGGGCGGCGGCCGGCGCCAUCUCGGCCGCUGUCACCACGCCGCUCGACGUGUGCAAAACUCUGCUCAACACGCAGGAGAACGUGGCGCUCAGCUCCGUGAACAUCAGCGGACAUUUGUCAGGGAUGGCUAACACUUUUAGGACAGUGUACAAGCUCGGCGGGUUGCCGGCUUUCUUCAAAGGAGUACAGGCUCGAGUGAUUUACCAGAUGCCUUCCACCGCCAUCGCCUGGUCCGUGUACGAGUUCUUCAAGUACUUCCUGACUCAGCAGGAGCACAACCAUUUUACUAAAAUACAACACCUGUAUGAAAUAUGUCAAUAUUGA